AUGAACCGUUUUGCGACGGCUCUGUAUCCAUCGAUACCGAGCUCGAGCUCGGAGGGCUCGUCGACCAACAUCACUCCUCAGGACUCUGCUCGCGGCGACUCACCCACCGAAGCACCCUUGUCCUCCAUCCACACGCUCAACCUUGCCAAGUCAAUCUACGAUGAUCCACGGUCCACACGCUUCCCUACCCCUGCGCCCGGCACGGGACAGGCCAGCCGGGCACACUCAGACUCGGUCGGCGGCACGGGCGGUCUUGCCAGUCGCGCAAGUGGACCAAACCUUCUCCGCCGCCUGACGGACGAGUACCAGCGCAACGGCGGCGUUGUCCCCUCGCCUUCCUCGACGGGCGCGCGGGUCGACCGCAGUCUCCGCGUCAACCUCAUGCAGAUUCCAACAAAGGGCAAAGCACGAAACACCAUGCCUGCACCAGCAUGUGGUGGACGGCUGAACAGCAUGGCCAAGGGCCCGGGGGACCGCUAUGUCGUCGGUGGAGGACAGUACGAUUCACCCAAGGAUUCUUCACCCAAAUCCAUUCGUCAGGCCGGCACUCCCUUUGCUCGUGGACCCGGCGGCGUCACCGUCAGCGAGGUGGUCAACUUUUGGAAGGGGUCUUGGGCCAUUGGCAAGGGUGUCAACGACGUCGACUGGGUGUACCGGUC